GCAAGGCAGCUCCCCGCCCCUCAGCUGGGAGUCUGGAGAGCUGGGGGAAGGAAACUUCAGAGUGGAGCCGAGUGGCUGAGCGAGGAGCAGCGCGCCGGGAUGGGCACGGGGUAGCAACUCUGCCGGCAUCUGCGCUUCCUUUCCCAGGGGCAGGCUGUCCGUGCAAUCCCCCCCUCUGGCCCCACCAUGUAGGGAAGCCUCCUUGCACGCCGCGGAUUCCUCCCCUCCACCCCUCCCACUGCAUCGCGCCGUGUCUCGCUGGGGUUCGCACCAGAGCGGAGGGGCUGCUGCGAGGGACCAUGCUGAGCGCUCCAGCGCCCGGGCUGCUGCCGCUGCUCCUGGCGCUGGCGCUGCUGUGCCGGGGGGCCGCCGGGCAGUACUCCAGCGACCUGUGCAACUGGAAGGGGAGUGGCUUAACUCAUGAGUCUCAUAAGAAGGAUGUUGAACAGGUCUACCUCCGCUGUUCUGAAGGAUCAAUAAAAUGGAUGUAUCCCACAGGAGCACUCAUAGUCAAUCUGCGACCCAAUACAUUAUCUGCCUCUUACAAACACUUGACUGUUUGCAUAAAGCCUUUCAAGGACUCCGCAGGAGCAAAUAUUUAUUUGGAAAAAACUGGAGAACUGAAACUGUUGGUCCGAGAUGGAGAUCACAGCCCCAAUAAAGUGUAUUGCUUUGGCUAUGAUCAGGGGGGCUUGUUUAUUGAGGCCACCCCUCAACAGGACAUUAGCCGGAAAAUUACAGGAUUCCAAUAUGAAUUGAUAAACAAGGGGACGGCAUCUGAUUUGCACACAGUUUCUGCUCCCUGCCGUCCCUGCAGUGAUACAGAAGUCCUCUUGGCUGUCUGCACUAGUGAUUUCGUUGUCAGGGGUUCCAUCCGAGAUGUAACAAAUGAGGCAGAGCAGCAAGAAUCUGUAAUAGAUAUCAGUGCAAACAAACUCUACAGGCAGAAGAGCAAAGUCUUUCAGCCCACAGAGGAAAAUGGGAGCUGGCGGGGACAAAUAAAGACCCCACUGGAAUGUGGGGUGAGACCAGGAGAUGGAGACUUCCUCUUCACGGGACGCAUGCAAUUUGGGGAGGCCAGGUUAGGCUGUGCCCCUCGUUUUAAAGACUUCCAAAGGAUGUACAAAGAGGCAAAGGACAAAGGGCUAAACCCAUGUGAAAUUGGCCCAGACUGACGCCCCCUAUUUGGCUGAAGAUUGCUCUUAGCGCUUGGCCGGAACUAAUUCCUGGCCCUGGUAAACGCUCUGAACAAAACGGUAAUUAACUGAAAGCAUGGAGAAAUCUGGUGUGCAGAGUGAGAGCCACGCGGAAUGUGUCCAUGGAAGCAACAGAGGUACGAGCUCAGAAGGCUGCCAAGCAACCAAGGCUGGAUUUUUAACCCAUCUGGUCCCUAUGAACUAAGUUAUUAUAUUUUUUUAGCAACUUCCUUAGGAAAACAAGCAAACAGAAAACUCCAAUGUCUUUAAAAAACCCAAUGAAAACCAACCUGCCUUUGUAUCUUUUUAAUACUAAUGUUUAAAAUGUCUUAAGCUGAUGUAGCAUUUGGUAUGGUGUAUUCUGUAUAAAUGGUCGAGAAUGUGAUAGAACAUGGUAAAAUCAUCUUAACAUUGAUGCUUUGUAAAAAGCUUGGUGUACAAUUCGAAGAUGUUUCUUAUGACAGAAAUUUAUGGAGCCAAAUUCCUCUUUUUUAUUUGAAAGAAUGUACAAUCACCGCCUGCAAUUUUUCGUUCAGGCUGGCGAAUAGUUUCCAUUCCAGAGAAAUAAAGGUCCCUGGAUUUGA